GUCUGAUCUCAUUGGCCUGUCCCAUGAAGCUUCUUGUCAACAUUCUGCGUUCUUCACAUCAUCUUCGUUGUCUCUCUUCCUCCAAGAAGAUCUAUAGACCGGCUACUUUAGGUUUCAUCUACCAACAUCCAAGACGCUUUAUGUCUGCUACCCAAGCCGAAGUUGACCACCCCGCCAAAAAGCAGAAAAUGGACACCGAUCGCAAAAUUAUAGGCACUCACAAUGGCACCUUCCAUUGCGAUGAGGCACUCGCUGUGUUCCUCCUCAGGCACACAAAGGCAUACGCUGAGGCUGAUCUCAAGCGCACCAGAGAUGCCACUAUUCUGGGCACUUGUUCCAUCGUUGUAGACGUUGGCGGGGUCUAUGACGAGAGCAAGCAACGCUUCGAUCAUCACCAACGUGGCUUCACCGAAGUUUUCGGUCAUGGAUUUACCACGAAGUUGUCUUCCGCGGGCCUGGUAUACAAGCAUUUUGGUGAAGAGAUUAUCGCCAAUAGGCUCAAUACCGCCCCGCAAGACGGGAAGGUGUCCACCCUCUGGCUAAAGCUUUACAAGGAAUUCAUUGAAGCAAUUGACGCGAUCGACAACGGUAUUUCCCAGUAUGAUACCACUGCAUCUUCACGCUACCGAUCCAGGACGGACAUUUCGACUCGUGUUAGCCAUCUGAACCCAGCUUGGAACCAGCCAAUUGAUUCUCAAACCCUUGACGCCCAGUUCCUCAAGGCAUCAGCUGUGGUCGGCCAGGAAUUCAUGGAUCGCGUCGAUUACUACGCCAAUGCAUGGCUUCCCGCCCGAGACCUUGUAGCAACUGCUUUGGCCAAACGUACCAAAGCUGAUCCCAGUGGCAAGAUCAUACUCUUUGAGCAGUUUGCUCCCUGGAAGGAGCAUCUUUUUGAGCUUGAAGCUGAACAAGCCAUCGCGCCGUCUGAGCAACCCGUUUAUGUGAUCUACCCUGAUGAGACCGGAGGCAAUUGGCGUGUACAGGCGGUUCCUGUUUCUCCGGAAAGCUUUGAGAGUCGGAAGGCUCUUCCUGAGGCAUGGCGUGGUGUACGGGACGAGGAACUGUCCAAGUUAUCUGGUAUCGAUCGUUGUAUUUUUGUCCACGCCAGCGGCUUCAUAGGUGGAAACGCUACCAAAGAAGGCGCUUUGCAAAUGGCCCGUGCAGCUCUCACCUUGUGAGGCGUGCAACAAUACGGUGAAUUGGGUUACGUGAAUACUCGUUCUAUGAAUGAGUUAUGUAUUUGCAUACUACUCGUGUGCGGCAGAGGUCAGGUUGCCUCUUACUCUCCGGAUCCAUCGGAGACGAUCCAAAGCACUUCGGAUGAUUCCGCUGCUCGGGGCAGCGUCACCUGGUAAAACACGUUCAUAGGAACGUGGAGCGCUUUGACAUCCAGGAGCUGAAGUUCAGAGGAAUAGGUAUCCAUGAUUAUCGUUAUAUUGCGAGUUGUACAUACACACGCAGGUUUCUUGUGUUGCGGUUCAAGCUGCACAUGUACUAUGUACAGUAGUAUGGUCUCCCAAUUACCAAAUCUUCCAAUGCGCCG